AUGGAUGACGCCACAGCACAGCACAGCAAGCCCCAAGCACCUGAAAGCAACAGUCGUCUGGCCGGGACUGACUGGCAGCGCCCGCCGCUAGUUCCUACAGCAGGAACCUUGACGGCGCCUGGAAUUGCCGAGUACCUGCUAGGCGAGAACUUGUGGCCACCUAUUGUAUUCGGGAGCCAGUUGUGUACCUGA